AUGGCCGUCACAUUGGGAGUUGCAACCCGUGGCUGGCAAAAUACAGGGUAUAGGGGGUACCCAAUUGGCACAAAUCUCAAAGAGCGUAGUGCAAAUUAUGGGGCCGGAUGGGCAAUUGGCAAAUUUACGCCCAUUCGUUGUGGAUUUCCAGGUUCCCUUGUGGGGGAGGGACCUAAUGUCACAAUGGGGGGUAAAAAUAGAGAUCCUGAAAACCCCUCGGGAUUUUUGAUAGCGGCCACUGUAGAGCGCCCUUUCCAAAAGUUAGAUUGGACCACUGAUGAAGCUAUUUGGAUUGAUCAGUGGCCGCUUCGAAAAGACAAAUUAAAGGCAUUCAACGAACUCGUGGAGGAGCAACUAGCAAAGGGAAAUAUAGUUGAGACCACAAGCCCUUGGAAUUCCCCGGUCUUUGUCAUCCGGAAGCCGGGGAAGGACAAGCGGUGGCUCCUCCAUGACCUUCGGGCUAUUAAUAAAGUCAUUGUUGACAUGGGGCCCCUCCAACCAGGGAUGCCUACCCCAACUAUGCUCCCCCGAAAUUGGAAUUUGGCCAUCAUUGAUAUUAAAGAUUGCUUUUUCCAGAUUCCCCUACAUCCUGAAGAUGCCCCGCGGUUUGCCUUUUCGGUUCCAACCCUUAACCGAGAAGCCCCAAUGAGGAGAUUCCACUGGCGGGUAUUGCCCCAGGGCAUGAAGAACUCGCCCACUAUCUGCCAGUGGUAUGUCGCCUCAUUGCUGUCCCCUUUGCGCGCCGAAAUGGGGGAGGUCAUCAUCCAUCAUUACAUGGAUGAUGUCCUAAUAUGCGCCCCCCAUGACAAUCUACUUAUGCAAUCUCUUGACCGAGUGGUUAACAUUUUAACAUCUGCAGGUUUUCAGCUCCAGGAGGACAAGGUUCAGAGGAUGCCGCCCUGGAAGUAUCUGGGUCUGUGGAUUGCUGAGCGGACCAUUGUGCCGCAAAAAUUGGCCAUUAACAGCAAUCCGAAGACUUUGGCGGACCUCCAUUCGCUGUGCGGGAUCUUGAACUGGGUCAGGCCUUGGCUGGGCCUCACUACUGAGGACCUAGCUCCCCUCUUCAUGCUUUUGAAGGGGGAGAAGGAGCUUAGUUCUUCCAGGACCCUGACCUCAGAAGCGAAGAAAGCCCUGGAGAAGGUAGAGGAUGCCCUGGCUGAGAGACAGGCGCAUCGGUAUGAACUGACCCUACCAUUCAAGUUUAUAGUGUUAGGAAAGAUGCCACAUCUACAUGGGAUGAUUUUCCAAUGGGACCAAGGCUCUAAGGAUCCCCUCUUGAUAAUAGAGUGGGUGUUCUUGAGCCAUCAAAGGUCCAAAGUGUCACCCGGCCACAGGAACUGA